AUGGCGGGUCCCAUACCCGACGUGAACGGCUCUGCGGAAAUCGCCGCAGAGCCAAACUCCCAAUCACGGUUGGUGAUGACUCCUCCUGGACGUGAUGCGGGCGAUGAUACUGAUCCCGGUGCCUUGAUUUCUUCGUUGAAUAUAGAGAAGAAUUCAGAAGUGUUUCCUGAGAAAGAUGUCCCCACCGUUGUGGAUGCCACUGGCUCCCUAGCCGACUCGGAUGAAGACGGUCGCGUGGCUACCGAAGACGAAGUGCGCGAUCUUCUCCAUGUCGUCGACAGGAUUCCCGUCCGACUCUGGGUAGCAUGCAUCGCGGGCAUCUUGGAACGCUUUGUAUGGUAUGGGGCGACGGCCCCUCUGCAGAAUUACCUGCAAAAUGCCACGGGUGGCGAGGUACCUGGUGCCCUGGGGCUGCACCAGGCAACUGCAUCCAAUAUCGUGAACGCGCUGAUUAUUGGGUCUUAUAUUAUGCCGGUCCCAGCUGCUGUGAUUGCUGAUAGUUUCUUGGGCCGAUACAAGACCAUGCUAUACUCUGCCAUCCUUGAGGCUAUUGGCGCAUCAAUUCUGUUUGCAACGUCAUUGCCCGUUGCCAUUCACGAGGGAGCUGCUCUUGGAGGGGUGAUUGCUUCCUGUGUGCUACUGGCUAUUGGAUCAGGAGCGUUCAAAACCACUGUGGUCCCGUUCAUAGCCGACCAAUAUGAUGAAACCGAAUUUCGAAUCCAGAUCGGGAAGAAGGGAGAGAGGGUUGUCACCAGUCGAGAGCUAACCAUUACAUAUAUUUACAAUGUGUUUUACUGGGCUAUCAACGUGGUGGGCUUCGUGGCCGAUGCUACACCACUAUUGGAAAGAUAUGUUGGGUUCUGGCUCGCCUACUUGAUUCCGUGCUGUCUCAUGUGGUUGGCCCUUAUUCCAGUCCUCCUUGGGCGCAAUUACUUUGGUCACAACAUCAUGCCGCAGGUUGUGGCUGCCCUGCGCUGUGGAGUUUCUGGGGGUUUUCGAAUGGAUGCUGCCAAGCCAGAGGCCCAAUUUGCUCACGGUCGCGUGGUUCCCUGGACGGACUCGUUUAUUGAGGAUAUCAAACGAAGUCUUCUGACGUGUCGAGUAUUGCUGCUCUUUCCCAUUCACUGGCUCUGCUAUAACCAGACCUUCAACAAUCUGAUUUCCCAGGCUGGGCAGAUGGUCACCUAUGGCAUUCCCAAUGACAUGAUGAAGAUUGCCGGCGCAAUCUCCGGAAUCAUUGUGGCACCAAUUAUUCAAAAGGGACUGUACUCUUAUCUGACAAAGCGAAAGGUGGAAUUCAGACCAAUUGCGCGAAUGACAGUCGGGUUCAUUAUCCUGACGCUCUCCAUGGUCUAUACUGCCGUGGUUCAAAAACUCAUCUACCAGGCAGGACCAUGCUACGAAGCACCGCUCGCGUGCUCGGAUUCGCAUGGCAGCACGGUGCCGAACCAGAUAUCCGUAUUUCUUCAGAUACCUAUCUAUUUUGGAGGCGCGUUGGCGGAAGUGUUCUGUCUUACCACGGGAACCGAGUACGCCUAUAACCACGCCCCUAAGAGUAUGAAGACUUUGGUGCAAGCGAUGUGGCUUGCGAUGGCAGGGAUCGGGACGUGUCUCGCCCUGGCAUUCACCCCGCUGACCAAGGACCCACAUUUGGUUGUCAUGUAUGCUAUUCUUGCAGGCCUCCUUGGCGGUGCGACUGUCCUGUUAUGGGUGCUCUUCAGGCAUUUAGACAAAGCCAAGCAUGACGCCGAUGAAGACUGGAAUGGAGCACCUGUUUUUGUUUGUCGGAUCAAAGCUAAAUUCAGACGGAAUGAAGCGAUGGACAUCAGCAGCGACGGCAGCGUCCAUAAGGCGGAUAUGAGAAUCGCCGUCCAUGCUCACGGUGCAAUCUAUUACCGCAUCCUGUCCCUUGACGGCCUCGGAUAG